AUGACACUAAAUUUUCAGACACAAAAAAGAGUGGCUGAAAAAUUUGUGACAGCAAAAACAGAAGAAAAAGCAAAAGAAUUGGAACUGAAAACCAAGGAAGAGCUGAAGCCCUGGGAGCAGCACUCUGUUGUGAUCACCAUUCCUCGUUUUGACUACAACGCCUCUUCUUCUCUCCUCAGUCAUUCCCACUCCGGAUUCCUCAUCACCUGCCCCAUCAAGAGGGAGAAGAGUGCAACAAAAGAAGCCAUGUCAAUUUUUGAAAAGUAUGUCAGAUCUUUGAGUAUUCUAAAUGCUGAAGGUUCUGAAAGUUUGGAUGAGAAUAUGUUAGCUAAGAAGAGGAGAAUAUCUGUAAGUACAGAGGAGGAACUUGGCAACAGUUUGGAGAGGAAAGAUGCGGCCGAUGACUUUGGAGAACCUGGUAAUAGUUUAAGUCUGGUAUUUUAGUUUAUACACAUGCUCGUACAGAUAAAUUAACGUGUAUGACGACCUGCAAAUCUACAAAAAAAAUGAAAAGGGUGGGGAUUUGUCUGUAAGAACAGGUAAUACGACUUGUAUGCAUGAAAAAAUAAGAACAAGUUUAUUAAAACAACUAGAGCCAGAAUCUAAUGGAAGAUUCUGAAGUUUUUUUGUCAGUGGCUGUUUGGCUUCUUUACCU